UUCUCUGACCAGCAGCUCUGUGAGCAGGAGAGGAAUUCCAGUUUGGACCAAGAGGAACCAGAAGCUCUGCAGAUAAAAGAAGAGAAGAAAGAGCCAGAACAUUCCUGGACAAAAGAGGAAACCUUGGAUCUCUCUAUAGACCGCCUGCAGGAUUAUGUUGGAAAAGAGGAGGAUUUGCAGCAGCUCUAUGAACAAGAGAGGAAUUCCAGUUUGGACCAAGAGGAACCAGAAGCUCUGCAGAUAAAAGAAGAGAAGAAAGAACCAGAACAUUCCUGGACAAAAGAGGAAACCAUGGAGCUCCCCAUAGGUGAGCAGGAAGAGCAGCUUGUUCUGAAGCAGCGGACUAAAGAUAAAGGAAAGAAACUGUCCCCAUGUUUGACACGGAAAGAACACUUUCUAAAAAAGAAAAAUGUUAUGGUUCACGUGAAAUCUCACACAGGUCAGAAGAUUUAUGAAUGUUUGUCCUGUGGAAAAAGCUUCACUUAUAAACAUCAUCUUGACACACACAUGAGAAUUCAUACAGGAGAGAAGCCUUUUUCCUGCUCGAUUUGUGGCAAAAGUUUUACUCGAAAACAUCAUUUGACUGGACACAUGAGAAUUCACUCAGAUGAGAAACCUUAUUCCUGUACCAUUUGUAACAAAACUUUUAAUGGGAAGACUACUUUGACUUUUCACAUGAAAAUUCACACAGGUGAGGAUGUAUUUUCCUGUAACAUUUGUAACAAAAUAUUUACUAAAGAACAUCAUUUGACUCGACACAUGGGAAUUCACACAGGAGACAAACCGUUUUCCUGUACCCUUUGUAACAAAAAAUUUAGUCGAGAACAUCAUUUGAUUCGACACAUGACAAUUCACACAUGUGAGAAACCUUAUUCCUGUGACAUUUGUAACAAUAAUUUUACUCGAAAGGAUCAUUUGACUUCUCACAUGAGAAUUCACACAGGUAAGAAACCUUUUUCCUGUACCAUUUGUAACAAGACUUUUACUGACAAGAGUAGUUUGACUUCUCACAUGAGAGUUCACUCAGCUGAGAGGCCUUUUGUAUGUUUGGCCUGUGGAAAAAGCUUCACUGAGAAAUCUAGUGUUGAUAGACACAUGAGAAUUCACAUAGGUGAGAAACCCUUUGUAUGUUUGUCCUGUGGAAAAAGCUUCAGUUACAAGUCUAAUCUUGACAGACACAUGAGAAUUCAUACAGGUGAGAAACCCUUUGUAUGUCUUUUCUGUAGAAAAAGCUUCACUUACAAGUCUAAUUUUGACAGACACAUGAGAAUUCACUCAGUAGAGAAACCUUUUUCCUGUACCAUUUGUAACAAGAAGUUUACUGACGAGAGUCAUUUGACAUCUCACACGAGAAUUCACCCAGGUGAGAAACCGUUCUCCUGAAUGAUUUGUGACAGCGAAUCAUUCAGCGAAUUCGUAACAGCAGUUAGACGCCACAGGAAGGAGCAGUUGAGUCGUUUUCCAUGUUUGGUGAUAAAAUGUCAAUCUAGAAACUGCUUCACCUGGUUGCAUGAGAAAAUCAAGGGUUAAUGGUCUUUUUGGAGUAAAGUUUUUAAGAAAGCCAUUAUUUGGAAACACAUUACAUAGAAACUAGAACAGAUUAGACGUUAUAUUCUAAACCUGAAGUCUCAGAUGAAGAUUUGGGACGUAUAUAAGUGUGUCAUUCUCAGCUAACUAUUAGCUGAUUAAUGUUUUUUAAUGAUUCUUUGAAAGUAUAAUUUUCCUUUGAACUACUUCUAAUAGUUUUGGUCUUGAUUCUUUGGAUGUUAUAUUUUACCUGCUAUGAUUGAAAUGAACUUUAACCUCUUUUAUACCACUGAUUCUAUGUAAUAAGUGUCUAAUAAAGGUGCUGGAGAUCUCAAAGCUCACAUGGACCCUGAAAAACCUGACAAAGCUCUGAGAGGUGAGAGUUAUUCUGCAAAGUUGACUGAGUACUUUGUUAGAAUAUUUGUUGAAGCUGUAUUUUCUAAUAUAGAAGAGGACAUAUUUAGAACAUGAUUUUAUUUAUGUAUUUUAAUAGAGAGCUUUAAUUGUGUAAUUGGUUGUUACAGAUUUUACUACAAAGGUUAUUUCUGUAUCAUUUAGGUAUAAUAAAGCUGUUGAUGAACCUUUGA